UUCAGCAGCCGCAGGAGCAACAGGAGUGUCAGGAAGAGAAAAAAACGCCGAAAAAAAAAUCAUCAACUCCACGCGACUGGUGGCAAGCUGCUGCUUUCACCCCAAAGGGACAUUUAAAGUCACAAGCACAGCCGGUGCAGCCGGUACAGCCGCGCAGCAUUGAUUCGCCAGCUGAAUGGAUGCCCUACUCUUAUGGUGCACUGAACGUGUCCCAAAUCGUAUCAGAUGAAAAAGAGAAUAUGGCUCCGCCAAGCGCAGAGCAGAAGGCAGCUUGUGCCGGAUCAAUAGAUCCGACUAUAGGAAACAGCGACAACAAUACCAACGACGAUUCCCAGGAUGACUUUCCAUCCUUCGAGGACUUUGCCCGCCAGGUGAGCGAAUGCAGUCUAUCCAGCUCGGAAUAUAUUGCCACCUUGCGAAACCUUAUGAUACGUGCCCAUAAUCUGAUGCUGCCUUUGCUGCGCGGCCGCUUCGCCAACAUGACCCAGGUCCAGAUGGCAGCCUACACCACAGCCAUUUUGGAGGUCACGCCGCUGCAUCCAAGUCUGUUCCUACCAUCGACCGUCGCCCGUCCUUGGAUGGGCAACGGAGGACUCUUGCCACCCAGCCAUCCGCACAGCUUGACGCCCCAGGAUCUGGCACGCAUCAAUCCUCCGCCCUUGCUGGUCGAUGUGGGCACUCAGACGGAGUACCUUUGCUGGUGCAUGCACAUGAGCAUGUUUCCGCCGCCGACGCUGCCUGUGCCUACACCACAGCCGAGACCGCAAGGCAAUCCCGGCCAACAACUUGCUGCGCCAAACGGACCGCGCAUGAUGGCGCCUUGUGGCACGGCGCCGAUGAGUUUCUGGGGCAGACCCAUGGUACCUAUGCAUGCGCAUCCCUACCCCCAUGCUCAACAGGUACCGCGUAGGCAAGGCUCGCGCUACGGCUACCGCAUCAACACCAACGGCGGUGUGCCCUCUCGCUUCAAUAACGGCGACAACAGCCGCUCGCGCAACAUGCAAAACUCGUCCAUGCAUCUGAACGGCCAGCAGAGCGAGGACAAUGCCAGCACAGACAGGAGCACUACUCAUGUCAAGGACCAGCCAUCGGCACAGCGUCGCCAGCAGCGGCGCCAACAGCAGCAGGAAUCAGAUGACACCGAGACACCGUCAUCGUAUCGCAGCCCGCACAACACAUCAGUGCUUCGCCUUAGCCCGAAUAGCCACAACCGCGAGAUGGCAAUACAGCAGCAAGAGCAGCAACAGCAACAGCAACAUGAGCAACAGCGGCUGUUGCUAGAACAGGAGCAGACCUCUAUCAACACCGGCAGUCAGUCCAGCUCGCCUGUGCUGCGCUCGGAGCAAUACUCGCGUCGCUGCCCGCAUACCAGCUCCUCCAACAGUCAGUCCAGCUCGCUGAGCCCCCAAUCCUCCAGUCACAGCUCAUCGGUCAUUAGUAACAACGAUAGCGAGGUGAACGGCUUUGGCGACAAUGCUGAGGCGGUCAGAAAUGAAGGCGAUAAUACUAAUAACAACGAUGGCGCUGUGGGAGUCCUGAGCAUGAACAAUAGCAACAGCAACAGCAACAGCAGCAAUAGCAACGAGCAGACACUCAGUCAAACAUUGACAAAUGCGGAAACGGAAAGUGACGCACCAAAUGCAACUCUACCAGCUUCGCAGAGCAGCGAGAAUGAAUCCGCGGAAGCACCGAAACGCAGUCGGAUGAAGCCGGCAAACAUAUUUCUGCAGCCGACAGGGCCGGUAAUGCCCAGCAUGCCCAUGAUGCACUUUUUCAUGAAUGGACCCCAAGGCGAUAUGCCGCCGCUAAUCUUUGAUAUGAACGACAGCUCAAGCCCGACUCCUAACUAUGCCCAGUUCUUGCCGAACAUUAAUAUGAACCUGAGUAUGUUCAACAAUACCUUGAUUAACCCGACUAACCCGAUUGUCAACCCCAUGGGUAACCCUAUAGGGAAUCCCAUGGGGAAUCCCAUGGGGAAUUCCAUGGACAAUCCUAUAGGGAAUCCCAUGGGGAAUCCCAUGGGGAAUCCCAUGGGGAAUCCCAUGGGGAAUCCCAUGGGAAAUCCUUCCUAUGAUAAAUCCUAUGCCCAACGCAAUGUGCCAUCCAAUGGCCAAUUCCAUGAACAAUCGUAUGUGCCAUCCGAUGUCUAA